AGAAAGGAUCUCUCACUAACAACAGCUGCCUCUAGAUGGAGUGACUCAUAUCCUGAGAACAGGGCACACCUCACCUUCUCGCUCUGGAGUCAACUCUAAUUCUAAGUACUGUACUCAGCAGUGUAUGAAAAUUGUCUCAUUUUGCCGCUGUUCACUUCAGGAAACUGAAAGUGAAGAGCCUUAAGUUCCAUUCACAUAUCACAGAGAGAUGACUUUCGUAUUGCUGAGGGUGUUUGUGAAUGGGACUUGCUAUAUGCCAAUACAGUGGUACCUCGGGUUACAUAUGCCUCAGGUUACAUACGCUUCAGGUUACAGACUCCGCUAACCCAGAAAUAGUGCUUCAGGUUAAGAACUUUGCUUCAGGAUGAGAACAGAAAUUGGGCUCCGGCGGUGCAGCGGCAGCAGGAGGCCCCAUUAGCUAAAGUGGUGCUUCAGGUUAAGAACAGUUUCAGGUUAAGAACGGACCUCCGGAACGAAUUAAGUACUUAACCCGAGGUACCACUGUAUAACAAUUUACUUCAACUCCUGCAAGAAAGAAUAAGGCCCUAUUACACUGCAAGCAUAUGCUGGCUUCAUUUCACUUCAUCUGCCAUGGCUUCCCUCAGAAAAUCCUGAGUGUUAGGAUGGAACUGGGAAGACCAGAGUUCAAAUUUCCACCCAGCCAUGAAGCUCUUUGCUGGGGCAAAUGAUUACCCCUAAAUCUAACCUACCUCACAAAGUUGCUCUAAAGAGGUUAUCCUAUACAGGCAACCUCCAAUUGGGGGGGAGGUUUGCAUUCCUGCCCCCCUCCCCGCCAGCAGGUUGGCGGAGCACGCAUAAGCCUACCCUUUUCCGCCCCUGUUCUGCUCUCUUCUGGGUCCAAAACAACCCACACAUCGGUAGUUGUGUGUCAAUUGAACACACACAAAAUGGUCACCACUUGUAUGAGACUGGAAUAAAAAUGUGAAAAGUAUUUUUUGAACAAUAGCUAAAUAAUGGAAUAAUGCAAAUUACAAUAUUUUCAGAAAAUCACUAGUACUAAAACAAUAUGAAUAAGUAUUGCAUGUAAAUCAGAGCAUAUGCAUUGCUUUUGAACUGCAGCCUAUUUUACUAAUGUAUUAACAUGUGACUAAUUGUAUUUUUUUAUUGUGAUUUUAUUGUAUGUUGAUUUCUUAAUGGCUUUGACCUCCAUGGAGGCCUUCUUGUUGAAUGAAUAUUUAUUUAUUUUAAAUAAAUAAAUAAAUGUUUUUAUUUAUUUUGUGAGAAUGCAAGACCUAUUUAAUUAUUUUAUACCAAGGUCCCAAUAUAUUAAAAUAAGAAAUAUCUUCAAUAUAAUUAAUAUUUCAUAUUCAAGAACUGUCUGCAAAUAUUAAUCAACUUGAUCCAUCUGCAGGCAGAGAAACAUGGGAGCUGUUGUCUUGGAGUGCCAUCUUGUGGCCAAAUCAAAGUAAGUAAAAUCUUAUUGUGGAAAUGUUUAAUGUAAACUGCAUAUUUUAUGGCAAGGUGAGGAAGUAUUCUGCAUUUAGUGGUGAACUUCCUAGUAGUGCCUCCUGUUUGCUGCGAUUCCUACAAAAAAAUCUGGACUAGGUAAACCUUGGCCUGAUCCAGCAAUGCACUUUGGAUGUUCUUAAGCAAAUGCUCAUAUCCAAAUCACUGAAUAAAUUAUUAGUUAUGACUGUACUGCCAAGCAUAUCUGAGAAUACAUACACUUUUUCUUUGUAAAUUUAAAAUAAUUUAGUGGUUCAUGGGAAUGAUAGAUAUAGAUAUAGAUAUAGAUAUAGAUAUAGAUAUAGAUAUAGAUAUAGAUAUAGAUAUAGAUAUAGAAUAGAUAUAGAUAUAAUGUAGAUUAUAGCCACUGUGGUGUAGCAGUUAAGAGUGUCAGACCUGAGAGACCAAGGUUUAUAUCCCUACUCAACUAUAAAGCUCACUUAAGCCAGUCACUCACUAAUCCACCUCACAGGGUUAUUGUGAGGGAGAACUAUGCAUGCCGCCUUGAGCUCCUUGGAGGAAUAUAAAUGCAAUAAGUAAGUAAGUAAUCUGGACCCUGUGGUAUGGAGACACCCAAAUAUGUCAUCUCAUUACAUUAAAUGCCUUCCAUAGCUUUCCUCACAAGCUGCAGCACUGACAGUAUGAUCAUUGUGACCUGAGAUGCGUAUCUGCAGUGCAUGGCAAUAAAUGUCCAACUGUACCCUGAUACUUCUUGGAAACCCUGACAAGUCAUAAGUACAGUGAUAAAUAUUUGUCAAACACAAACCAGAAAGCUAAAGUGACACCUCUGAUAAAUCAUCUGCACUCGCUGUCUCAAUGCUACUGGGACAGGUUCAAGGUUCUUGUAUCAAUAUAGAAACAGAUAUAUCAAGACUAUUGCCUAGACCAGUGGUCCCCAUUUAGUACUGUUUUUCAAAAGCCAUGCCAUGGACCCCCCUUUUUUUAAAUAAUAAUAAAUAAUAAUAAUAUAUCAAUGGUAGUUUUUGUUAUGUGAAUGGUGCCAGGGACCCCCUGGAUGGGUUACUUCUGACAUCAGGAGUGGCCCAAGCCUUUUUGUUGCCUGAGGUGAAUGACAAUAUGGUAUAUUCCCCAUUCUGUACCAAAAAAUGUAAGUAGACUGAUAGCUGAAUAUUACUUCAGCAUUGGUGAUGGAACAGAGUCCUCCACCGCACACUCGGGCAGCAAGCUAGCAUAGAGGCUGCAGGGCAGCCCAUGUAGCACACAUUUCUAGCCACUUUCUUCCCCUUACAAUUUGCCUUGUGAAGCAGCUGUCUCACUCUGCCCCAUGAAACAGCCGGCCCUGUCUGAUAUACCAGGCUCUGGUAGCAUAAGUCAUUUUUUAAAAGGAUCAAAAUCAAGUCCUUCAGCCAGGAACAGAAUAACCAUUUAAUUUAGCCUAUAUCCCCUGUGCAGCUAUUGAAAAGUUAAAGAAUUGCAAGAUCCUAGGCAUUAAUGGGCUUGGAGGGGCAUUUUACAAGUCUUUUAGUGGGGUUUGAGUCUGCUUUUUUUAAAGCAACCUAAUGAAAUCUUAGAAUGGAGUGUGAUUCCAGAAAUGUGGUGCUGAUUGAACCUCAUAGCCAUAUUAAAACCAGGUAAUGAUCCCUUCUCUCAAGGGUAGUACCACCAUAUUGAUCUCUUAAUAUGCUAAAUUCCUCACUUCCAACCUAGCAGCCCAGCUUAAUAUUUCCUUUCCUUUCCUUACUUUACUUUACUUUACUUUACAGAAUAUACUGGAAUAGACCAGACUGGCUUUAUGCCAAGAUGUCAAUUGUCAAAUUCUGUGAGGAAAUACUAUUCUUUAUAACAAAAUCAAUUCCCUCAGCUUUAUUAUCGCUUUAUGCUCUUCACGUUUUGUAUCACUUAGAAUGGCCAAUUUUAAUGACACUCCUACAUAAAUUAAAUGUUAGAUCAAAUUUUUUGAAUGCAAUCCAACAAUUCUAUUCAUCUUCAGAAGCUAUGGCUAGAGUCAAUGUGUACUACUCACACUUGAUAAAAUUAUCCUAGUGCACCAAGCAGGCUUCCCCUGCUCCUUAGUUCCUUUUACAGGAACUACUGAAGGGCUAGCAAACAAGAUCUGAGCAGAGAAUUACAAUUAAUAGGAGGCAGCAUGUAAUACAUUUACUAAUGACAUUUUACUGAUGUUAACUAAUAUGUUGCUUGUCAUUCCAGUGCUUACAGAAACAGCUCAGCGACUUCCAUAGGGCAUGAGAUAAAUUACCAUAUGUGCUCAUCCUCCUAUCUAUUAACAUCCCUGGUAACAGAACAAAGGUGAUUGCAACAGCUCUCAAGCCUAACACUACACCUGAGUGUAGUACAUCUAAAGAGGUUAUGAAGGUGAAAUCUUGUUCCCCUUUCAAGAAAUGUAAAGUAAUAACUUGCGCAGUAGAAGAAAAAUAAUCUUUCACGGCUGGGGGAAACCUAAAUUCACCUUCCUAUUUCAACACCUCCCAGUUAUGAUUCCUGAGGGUGCAUUAAAACAAUAGCAAUAUUUGUUAGAGAAAUUUACUGUUGGUGGUAAAAUAAUAAUAAUUAAUAGUGCUAUCUUACAUAGAUGCAGAAAAAAAGAGAUUCAGUUUAUUAAACUUAAGUCUAUCCUGAGGUCUUUUAUCUUAAACUAUUAGUACACUAGAAUUAGAAAUUAUAAGGACAUCACCUAACUCAUGACACAAUGGAGACUUCAUAAAAUGGACUCUCAAUGAAACAUACUGCCUCUGACUCCAAGGUGGUUUGGGUCAUUUCAGUAGGGUACUUCAAUGGGAUUGGGGAAGAGAAUUACAUUGUGUUGGGAUGCCAUUGGCUUCAUUGUGUCCUCUAUGCAGAGCCAGCCCACCAAUGACACAGGAUGAGGCCGAUGCCCUAAGAGAAGUGGCACUGGGGAGGAAGAGGAAGUUGCUUCCCUGCUGCUCCUUUACACAGUGGGGCAGCCAUAGCCACUGGGCAAAGUGGUAGUGGCAGUGGGGCAGUGGCUUCUCUUCCUCUUCAUUAAGGUGCUGCCCCUCUCUGGGCGGUUGGCCCGGGUGAAUAGGCUUGCUGCUUUCAUAGCCUAUGUAUGACAGCAGCAAGCCUAUUCACUCAGUGUCCAAAGAGCAGCAGGCCUAUAGGAGAAGCAAGCUACUGCCCUGGGGCUGCCCUUGCUUUACACAGCAACUACAAGGACCCUACCUUGUAAAGCAGCAGUAGAGCAGCUGCUUCCUCUUCUGCUUUGACACCUCCUCCUACUUCUCUUGCCCACCCAUUCCCUCUGCCCCCCACCCACCUGUUCCUUGAUUUUUUGCCUUGGUCACCUUCUCCACUUUGACUUCAUAUUUCAAAUGUUGCUGGACAACAAUUUAUAUACUGCAUUUAUUAUUAUAUACUGCACCUUAUUAUACCAGGAGCUCAAUGUGGGGUACAUGGGUGCUCCCCCUCAUCAUUUAAUCCCAACAAUCUUGUGAGCUAGCUUUAGGCAGAGAGAGACAGAGAGAAAAUGGCCCAAGGCCACCCAAUGAACUCCAUGGCUGAGUGGGGGUUUGAACUCUGGUCUCCCAGGCCCUAGUCUGCCACUCAUAACCACUACACCACACUGGCUUUUGAGUGUCACGGCAUCUCUGAUCGUAGGCGAUUCCGGCUGAGGGCUGGUGAGUGCUUGGUGCUAUACAUGGAAAUGUUGAUUAUAAUUGCUACCAAGUACUCAGUGCUGUAGAAAUUAAAAUCAUCAUCAUCAUCAUCAUCAUCAUCAUCCUCAUUGCUGGUGAGUGCUUGGUGCUGUACAAAUGUGGAAAAUGUCCUAAUAACGUUGCAUGUCAGGGAGAGUGCAUUUUGUGGUUUGCACAGUAACAAAACAGAACAAAACAACACACACACACACGUUUCAAAGCUCAAAGGUUGGUAAUUAACCAAAGAUUUGUGAGAAGAUAUUUAACAAAAGUGCCAGGCGAGCCUCCCUGGGGAGAGCAUUCCACAAAUGGGGGGCCCCCACAGAAAAGGCCUGUUCUUGUGUUGCCACCCUCUAAACCCUCAUGGAGGGGGCACAUGAAAAAGGGCCUCAGAUUAUGAUCUCAGGGUCUGGGUUGGUUCAUGUGGGAAGAGAUGGUCCUUGAGGUAUUGUGGUCCUGAGUUGUUUCAGACUUUUUUGGUCAAAACCAGCACUUUGAAUUGGGCCUGGAGACUGAUUGGCAGUCAGUGCACUUGUGCCAGGAUUGGUGCAAUAUGCUCAAACUGUCUUGCCCCAGUGAGCAAUCUGGCUGCUGAAUUCUGAACUCAUUGAAGUUUCUGAACUGUAUUCAGCAUGGAUGUUGAAAUCCCCCCAAACAAGCAGUCUAGGAGUCCUGAAUCCCACCUCAGAGACCAGCUCUGUCAGCUCAGGCUGGAAAACUGAUGGGCAGUGAAGUGGAUGGUAAACCAGAAAAAUUCCUAAUCCAACACCAGGAACAAACACUCUAGAUCCCCAUUUAACUGGACACAGAGCCGAGAGAGAGAGGUGGCAUUUCUAUAAGACCAAAGCAACUCCCUUUCCUGACCCUCAAGUCUGCCCUGAUGCUGCCCUGAGUACCUUGGCAGGCAUAGCUGGGUGAGACCAACUCUGCUUUGCUCUCCCACCAAGGUCUCAGUGAUACAUACCAGAUUGACCUCCUCAUCCACAAUCAUAUCAUUGAUGAGGGAGGUUUUAUUGAGAAUCGCCAUGGUAUUCAACAGCAGCAACCACAGAUGCAAGAUCUGGCUAAUAAGACAACCACAAUUCCCUAGGUUGGAGGUGACAAAGUGGUGGCACAAUGUUUUUGUUUCAUCUUCAAUCAAUCCUCAAUGUUUUUCUUCUUCUCAGGCUUCUGUUUGAAAUCUCUCAAAUAUUUUGUUCAGAGUCCCUCAAGGCACAGCCAUUUAAGCUUUGUCUAUGUUGCCAAGAUUAUGAUGGAUAGCUGCUCACCCUUAGAGAAAAGUACCAGGAUUCCCAGCUGUCACUACCAACUGCAGCCAAACUACUAGCUCAAUUACUGACUGAUAUUCUGGGAAGAAGUUCAUAAUGUGAUUAAUCUCUGCUGUAGACACACUCGACCUUUAUGGAUCUAUAGGCUGCUAUAUUUCUGUGAGGUCAGAAUAGAAUCACUGAGGUGGGUGGCUAGCAUUUAACAAAUUCAGCUGAUUUAAGCAAAAGCACAAUUCCACAAUCUACUCAGAUGUAUGUGGAAUCCCCCAGGGCCACCAGUAUCAUUUUUUCCCUUAGGAGCUGGGGGGUGGGGGUUGGACUCCUUAGAGUCCUUCUGAAAAUGAACAAAUAAAAAGUAAAAAUAGCUAAAGCAAUAACGUAAAUAAAUAACAAUAAAAUAAACAAAUAUUUACUUCAACUAUUUACUGUAUAUUCUGCUUAGCACUGUUGUCUAGAAGGUGUAUACAAUACAAUACGUUUACAAAAGAUACACUAAAGAUAAAAGCCGUCAAAUUAUCUACAAAAUCAGAAAACUUUAUUUAAAGUGCCUGCUGAAAGGGGGCGGGGGGAGCUGACCAGGCACUGAAGUUCAACAGGAAGGAGGCCUGUAUGCUUUCUGCCAGGAAGGAUUUCCAUAGAGUUGGGUCCAAGCAAUCUUUCUUCUUCUUCUUUGGCGAUCACUCAUAGCCAAGUAAGAUUGUCUUCCAUAAACAUGGUUUUAACAAUGAGUCCGUAAGUGACCAUGGAGGCCAAUUCUGGAUCCACACAUCAUUCCACAGUGGGGACAUUGGUUUCCGGGUGGGAGUUGAAUGGGGUACUACUAACAAAGACUCCCCUGUAAUGGGGCAGGGAUAUAAGGAAUCAGGUGGUCCUUAAGGUGUCCUUGUAAAUUAAUGCAAGAACUCUGAAUCUGGCCCAGUAGCAUAUAGUCAGCCAGUGCAAGCUUUUAAGCACUGGAGUUAUAUCCUGGCAGUAGUAUAUCCUCAAAAAAGUCCAGCAACAGCAUUUUGCACCAGUUGGAGCUUUCAGAAGGGACCCCAGGGUAGCUCCACAGUAAAUUGCAGUAAUUGGAGUAUUGAAGUUACCAAUGCAUUAAUCACUGUGGCCAGGCUAUCCUUGUCCAAGAAUGUCCAUAUUUGGUGUAAUAGCUAUAGCUGAUAAAAGGAACUUCUAACCACUGAGGCUACCUGAAGCUUCAGCAACCAUGAUGGACUCAGGAGCACUAUGACCCUGUUCUUUCAGAUGGAGUCCAACCCCAUCCAGAACAGGCAACUGACCAAUCUCUAAGACCCAGUAAAGCUACCUACAGUGUCUCUUUUUCCCCAGGAUUCAAAUUUAGUUUAGAUUCGCUCAUCCAAGUCCAUUAUGAAACCAAGACAAUGGUCUAGAUCAGUGGUUUCCAGUUAGGUAAGUACUGCAGAUCCCCUGUUUUUCAAAAGCCAAGCCAUGGAUCCCCCUACUUUUGAAAAGUUGAUAUAUAGUAGUUUUUGUUACAUGAAUGGUGCCAUGGACCCCCUGGGGUCCACAGACCACGAAUUGGGAAACACUAGAUCAUACACAGUUGUUUCUGACUCAGAUGUUAUGGAGAAACAGAACAGAAUACUACUGACAUUUUGCCCAAAUUACUAAUGACCACUCCUGUUGGCUUCAUAUAGAAGUAGAACAUCAUUGAAGACAAGAUCGCUCAUGGCAGCACAGCAUAGUGCAAGGAACAUUUCCCAACACUAUUCACCUAUAGGUAGUAGCCACAGAAUGUGUCCCCAAUAUCAAUUCAGACAGAGCAGGUCUAGGAGGAUACUAUGAUUAUUGGUAUCGAAAGCUGCUGAGAGACUGGGAAGCAGAAACAAAGUUGCCUUCCUUCUGCCCAACUCUCCAUAAUCUGUAUUCUUCAGGAACACCUGCAACAGCUUCACUACUUUCUCCAUCAAUUUAUUCAAGAAGUGAGUAUUUGUGGGAAGUGAGAUAGGAUGUACUACUGCUGCAGGCAUAACUCUUGAAGAAACUAAGAAGUUGAUCACAGCAUUUCAUUGGUCUUAUCUCUUUGGCCAUCUGUAAUGACUUUGUAAACUUCAAUGACUUUGCUGGAGCAACAAUUACCACACCAGGUUCAGUUUGUAUGUUUGACAUUAAAUUGCAAUAAGGUAAUUCCUUUGUUUUUAAAUAAGCCCUCAAAUCACAUUAUACAUAUCCAAAGAACAAUGGAAAAAUCCGAUGGAUGCAUUCCUAUUGCAUUAGAAUCUGUCUCUGGCCUACUCCCCAGGGUUAUAAUUAAUUUAAUUUAUAUGACAGACUACAACUCGAAUACAAUAAAAUAGCAUAAUCAUGAACUCACAGAAGAAACAGGAAUAUAUUCAAGUUUAAGUAAAUAGUGCUUUAAAUGCAUAAAAUCUCUGGAUGAGAUUUCUUGAGAAGUAAAACCUCUUUCCUAAAGUGUCAAGGCAAAAUCUUGUUAAUCUGCUUUUUCUGCUAAAAAUAAGUAUUAAAAGAAAAGAUAAAAGUAAAUUCUCAAAGGGGUUGUUGGCAAAGAAAAUCCCAAGUAAAAGAGAAGUAGUAAAAGAACUAAGAAGCUGAGUGAGGAGGGGCAGCUCCAUCCAAAUCAGCAUAAGAAUGGGCUGUAACAUUUUCUUUUAUUCUCAGAUAGAAGAGGCAGGAAGAUCUCUGAAAAAUAGGGCAGCAAUUCAAUUACAGUGCUUAGUGGGACUUCAGUAAGCAAUCUGAAGCACUUCAAUAAUGUUAUAAAAUUUGUAGAAUACUCAGACAGUGUAAGCUAUCCAUGUCUACUUAGAAGUAAGCCUCAAUGAAUUAAAUGGGAUCUACUCCCAGGUAAGUGCAAAGCAAUUAUAGACUACCUAUUUACCAGGAAGUAAAUCCCACUGAAAUCACUUAAACUUAUUUCUCCAUAGCACUGUUAGGGUUAUGCUGCUGAGAUACUAGCUUGAAGCAUUUAUUUAUUUAUUUAUUUAUUUAUAAUGAAUUAAAUAGGAAAACUGCACUCUUACUAUGAUGUUCAGUGGGGCUUACUCCCAAGUUCCUAUGAUUAUUAUUAAUUUCAUUUCUAUACCAUUUUAUUUACCGGUAUUUAUUUUAAAAAAUACUAUCGGAGUGGUUUACAGCACAUUAAAACAUAAAAUAAAACAAUCCAGAAUAAAACAUUACUGAAGAAAGUCAAGUAUAAAGUAUACAUUCAAAACAACUUAAUUAACAGGACUAAAAUAUUAUCAUAUGCCUGUCUUUGUCCAGGCAUUAUUAUCAUUUUAUUAUCAUUUAAAAAGCAGAGACAUCACCUUGCCAACAAAGGUCCGUAUAGUAAAAGCCAUGGUUUUCCCAGUAGUGAUGUAUGGAAGUGAGAGCUGGACCAUAAAGAAGGCUGAUCGCCGAAGAAUUGAUGCUUUUGAAUUAUGGUGCUGGAGGAGACUCUUGAGAGUCCCAUGGACUGCAAGAAGAUCAAACCUCUCCAUUCUUAAGGAAAUCAGCCCUGAGUGCUCACUGGAAGGACAGAUCGUGAAGCUGAGGCUCCAAUACUUUGGCCACCUCAUGAGAAGAGAAGACUCCCUGGAGAAGACCCUGAUGUUGGGAAAGAUGGAGGGCACAAGGAGAAGGGGACGACAGAGAAUGAGAUGGUUGGAUGGUGUUCUUGAAGCUACCAGCAUGAGUUUGGCCAAACUGAGGGAGGCAGUGGAGGACAGAAGUGCCUGGCGUGCUCUGGUCCAUGGGGUCACGAAGAGUCGGACACAACUAAACGACUAAACAACAAAAUAUUAUCAUAAGCUCAGACCAUACCUGCUGCUGUUGCUGUUAAUCCUGCCAAUGGUGGUUCAUGGCGGGCAGUGGCUGUGGAAGCUCAAGCUUGAUGACUUGGGUCUGUUCUAGCUGGAGGGAGUCAGUCAGGGCCCUGCCCUCCCAGCCCAGGCGGAAAAAGGCCUGCAAGGCAGGGAGCAGGUCAUCUAGCAUGGAUGCUUUCCUCAAAACUCCUGCAUUGCAGGGGAUUGGAUUAGAUGACCCUAGGGAAACCCAGCCAGGGGUAUAAAUAAUAAAUUAUUAUUAUUAUUAUUAUUAUUAGGAUACCUUCCAACUCUAAAAAUCGAUGGCUCACAGCAAAGAUGGUCUGUAUAGGAUUGCAGAUUUGGUAAUAAUCUGUAUUUCAGAUUUUUGUAUUUGUUUUCUGCUUAAAACAUAAAACAUGUUUACUCCAAUGGAACACUCUAGCACAUUUAUUAGAACUAUCCCAGAAUAAUUUCAAAGUCUAUUCUUUUAAAUUUGUUUUUGACAUUUUUAUUGUAAACCACCUUAUAGGGCCUUUCCCUAAAGUAAGGGGUGGACAUUGUGGUAGCCUCUACUUGUAGCAGAGGUAGCUGCAUGAGGCCGGAGGAACAUAGGCCAGCUGUGAGGCCGCUUCCUGCAAGGCCCUUUCACCUGGCCUGGGGGGGGCACACUCACCAACCCUACUGAAGAGGCUCCUCAUGAGGCCGGAGGAACCUCACAAGGUUGUCAUAUCGACCAAUAAUACAGAUGAUAAUGCAACCUAAAACCUAAAGGAAUAGUGUUUUGAACCACAUACCUUUUACCAGUGAUUCUUUCAUCUGCUAGUACUCCUGCACACUCCAGACUCACAGCCUAACUCUGGCUUUGUUCGCAGCCUGUUUUGUCUUCAAAAUAUCUGCAAUGUUAUAGGGCUGUGCUCUCCAGCCCAAGCUGACUCAACUCCUACAGCUUACUGUUCAGAAUACAGCUAUGUCUGUUAAAGGAAGAAUUCUUCCCACUACAUCCAUGUGCAUAAGCUCUGUCAUGUUGCUAAUGGAGAGCUUUGUUCUCUGGCCGUGAAAGAGGCAUCUGAAACAAGACAAUGACCCUGUCUUCCUGCAUGGCAGGAGGUGCAGUGUUUUUAAAGACAUGCUUCCUCACACCUUAACAGGGGGCAGGGAGUGGAUCUAAACUGCUGCAUAAGUGGUUCUUUCUUCCACAUAUGUUUUACAGCAGGGGUUCCCAAACUGAGGCAUGCCCACAAAUUUCCAUUCAGGUGGCUCACAGUGCAUCUGCAUCAAAGAUUCAUAUUGAUUUCUAAUUGUAGGUAAAAUUCUUAUUUUAUUUCAUAUAUUCGAUGGCACUCAGUUUCAAAACAAGAAAUGUAAAUACUCUCCCUCUGCAAAGUUAGUUAGGCCAAGUGGGGCUGCCCAGGAACAGCAGAGGAGGAGGGCUGACCAUUAUUACAGAGGCAAUUGGCGCCUCUGCUCGCUCGCUCUUCUCUUUGGGCAGCUUGACGGGGAAGAAUGGAUGUCCGGAAAAAGCACAUAAGCAAAUGAAGAGCAAGAUCAGCUUCCACUCCUGCUGUAGCGCCCAAAGAGGAGGCUGCUCGGUUGCGGGAGCCUCCACACACUCCACCUUCUCUGUGUGGUGCCCUAACAGCGUUCAGUCGCUCCUGUGCUCUUUGUACGCUGAGAAGAAGAGGAGCAGGGACCCAAUCCAAGACAGGCGGCCAAGGCCACCUUAUGCAUUGGGGCGGGCGGCAGCCAGGCCGCCAGACUUCACCUUCAGGAAGGGCCGCGGUGCAGCAGACGCAUCUGAGGCACCGCCUGGCAGGGCUCCCUGGUUAAAGACCCUGGUCCCAAACUCCGAAGAGCCGCUGCCAGUCAGUGACCACAAUGCUGAGCUUGAAUGGGCCAAGGGUCUGAACUCGGUGUCAGGCAGCUUCCCAUGUCCCACCUUGGCUCAAUAGUAACCCCCAAAGAGGGGAGGCGGAGGCAGCACAUGGCGAAGGGCUCUUAUUCUGGCAGGUCGAGAGAGAGAGACGCUCGAGCGGGACUCCACCGAGGACCACGAGGCAAGCGCCGCCCGCGGGAUCCCCGCUGCGUGUGCGAGCGAGAGAGCCGCUCGAGGGAGGCGCGGCGCUGACGCGGCCGAGGGGGCGGUUGCUUGUGACACUGAAAAGCUGGAGGCGCGGGGAGCACAAGAUGGCGGCGGCUGCUGCUGGCGGGCGCUGGCGCCGGGGACGAGGGCUGCGCGAGGGGCUGAGCGGCUGAGCGGGAGCGCGCCGCAAGCAGAGGGACAUGGCUCGAGCCGGUCCGGUGAGAGUUGGCGGGCUCUGGCGCACCCAGGCGCUCCGGGAGGCGGGGCGGGUGGCGGGGCGUGGGGGGUCCGGUCGGGGGCAGCCGGGGGAUGCCAGGCGCUCCGAGAGCGAGGCAGCAGCCCGUUACUUCUUCCAAGUAGUGUCCUCCGCUGCUCUUCCCGUCACCCGGGAAGCCCCCGCUCCCGAGCUGGGGUUUUGGCGCCUCUUCGAAGGAGCCGGGAAGGAGAAACUUCUCUCCCUCGGCUUCUUCGCCAUCCCGUCGAGAGGCUCCUUCCCUUAACCUGGGACGAGAAAGAGGGGGCUCGGAGGCGCCCCUCGGAGUGCUGGGAGUCCCGGGGGCGCUGGUCGGGGGCGCUGGAUUAGCUGCAUCCUUUUAAAUAAUUGCGAGUGGACUGGUUCCCCGAUGUGCAUCUUGAUUCACGCGCGCACAAAUGUUUUAUAGGUAACUUGCUCGUGUGGAGACGGUCCCCAUAUUAUCGGCCUCCAUAGGUUAAAGCCGGUUCUGGAUGACUAGACGUUUUCGUUUUGAGAUGGUGGGAUAGGAAAGAAGUGUGUUAAAAACUUUUUAUGCUGUGGAAAUGGGUGUCUAGCUUUUACUUCUGCCUUGAUUUAUUUAUUUAUUUUAAAGGGAACAGAUUUCUGCGGACCUGUUGAGAUGUUUACUUUCAGAGAUGUGACUCUUAUCUUUCAAAGGAAGCACUUGUUGCACCUGGAAUAGGUUUGUAGUGGCUUUUGAAAGUCGAGGUUAAUACACUCAGUAUGUUGUCACUUCCUCUGAAUUAAUAAGUCUCAUCUUACUUACAUCCAUCCUUCCUUACAUAUUUCUUGUAUUUUGGAAGUUGGCACCUGCAACCUCAUUGAUCUGGAAUACUUCCUGUUGGUAAUAGCUGGCAUAGAUUAGGUGAACAGAUUAGAAGAAAGAUAAAUAGGAGAAACUUGACUAUUUACUGUCCCUUAACUAUCCUGAUUGAGAAUACAAAGGGCUACUAAAUAUAUCUUAAGUGAUCUUGAUUAUGCACCUGAAGGCUGUGUCUGCAAACACAAUUUCUUAAAGAACAUCCACUGAUAGGAGUAUCACAAAUGAAUGUGUUUAAAAAAAAAGCUAGUGACCAGAAUCAGUAGAGGAAACAUUUUCUUAAUAAAUCUUAUAUGAUUUAUAAUAUCAUUCUUAGAAUAAGCAUCCACACUUGGCCCCACACUUGAACUCUUCUGUUGUGUUGAGUAACUGACAAUAAGGCAUACCUUUUGAAUCUUUGUUACUUAGGGUUUGUGUGCAUAAAACUCAUUGAAAAAGUAUCAGAAGAUAAUGGGAGGGGGAAAUCUAUGAAACAAUGUGAACUAGUAGAUUUCCUAAUAGGUCAGCAUGGAGCUGCAGUUAAAUGUAAAUUGGAGUGAAACAAAACUGUAUGCAAAAAAGCCAGCCUAUUAUUUACAGAAUUUUGGGUUAACAGUGAUUAUGUAGAAAGGAGUACUGCAUGUAGUAUAUUUUACACAAAAGUUUGUGACUUUAAUGAUGGCAAGUGAUUAUAAUGCUAAAAGGUUGAGAUUUGUUAAGUUUUUAUGUACUUAAAUUACUUUGGUAGUGCAUGAACUUUAUUACAUGGAAAGGUCAUGAAGAUCUAGGUUUCAGGGUGCAGUCUUAACUUCACAUACCUGGGUGUAAGCCACUUUGAAUUUAGUUCUGAGUAGACAUAGUUAGGAUUGCAGCCAAAGAAACACUUUUCAUUGUAAGAAGUAAAUGAUUGUAGUAAGAUGUUAAUUCCCCCCUAUACCCCCACCUUUCCCAGCCUAUCUGAGAGUAAGCCCCAUUGAAUUCAAUACAACUUACUUCUGACUAGACAUAGUUAGGAUUGUGCUGUUAGGCUGUAAUCCUAUACAAACUUAACUGGGAGUAAGUUCAUUGAAUUCACUGGGGCUUACUCCUAAUGUAUAGAACUGGACUGCUAAGAUGCAAUUUUAAAGUACUAGACAAGAUUUAUCAUGUAUUGGUUAUACAUGCUAACAUUCACCAUUUAAUUUCUACUACACAGCUCUUAACAUUUGUAACUUACUUUCUGUGCUUGACAUCUGCACUGCACCAGUUUGGGAAUUGUUCCUUUAAACAAUGUGAUGCUUAGUGAUGAAAAUAAUUUGAGUCCUGUGUGUAAAUACUGAUUUAUGAUAGUAGGAGUUCAUAUUUUUUGACUUGCAUCUAGCACUGAGUGCCUAAGUUAAGCUACUGCAUUUGUAUUUAACUUUCUACUUCAUAUUAAAAAUUCCUGUUCUGUGAUUAUUUAAUGAUGUGUAGAGGCCAAAGAAGGAAUGAUUACUUUUUACUUUUGCAUUUUGUCAGUGAGGUAGGACAGCAGGUAGAAGGACUGUAUUUAAAGUGAAAUGAUAUAUAUUGAGGCUAUUUGCUCAGUUAUUUCAAAAUUGUAUUUAAGACAUGAGCCAGAAAACCUUGAUGUACAGGUAUUCUGUUUAUUUAACUGUAGGAAAGCAUUUUUGUUGCAUUUUUAUAUUCAUUUUUUUACUCUUGCAUUAGAAUCUACAAUGAAAAGACUUAAGAAUUUUGGACUUUUUAGUUAACAAAAAAUGGCUAAAGGUAGAAGGGAAAGAAAGAAUCUAAUAAUUAUCAGGGUGAUUUACACAUAAAAUGGCAUAAUGCACAUCUUAUUAAACUAUGUUCAAUUAUGCCUGGUGGCUGAAUGAGAAAAAGUAAGCUGAGCUUGAGUCCCAACUGUUUGUAAGUUGGACCCCAUGAGGGAAAAUUCAGCAAAUUGUCUGUGGUGCAAAAUCUAAGGGUGACCAGGGGUGCCUUUUAUCAAUGGCCCUUUAAACCGGCUGUGUUGUUUUUGUUUGUUACUAUGUUAUACAUAUUUGUGUUUUUAUAUUGUAAACCUCCCUAUGAUCCUCGGGUGUAGGGCGGUAUAGAUAUUGAAUAAAUAAUAAUAAUUUUAUCAACUCCGACUGUUGACAGGAGCUGCUGUUGUCCCUGGACCAGAAUAGUUUGAGCACAGUAGGCCAAGCAUUGGUAAAGUCAUGGUUGAAUUAUUACAGUGUGCUCUAUGUGAGGCUUUCCUUGUGCUUGAUCUGGAAACUACAGUUAGUACAGCAUGCUGCAGCACAAUUGCUGACAGGAGUAAGAUCCUGUCAACAUAUAAUACUUCUGCUCACAGAACUCUCCUGGCUUCUGGCUUGUUUCAAUUAGUAUAUAAAACCGUCAACUCUUUUACUUGAAGUAUUGCCACUCCAUAUGUGCCUACUUGACCUCUUCAAGCUGUGGUACUGGCAGUUUUACAAGUGCCAUAUAAUAUCCAUUCUGCACUUGGGAGGAAAAUAUUUUAGUAUGUGUCAGCAUCUAUGCUCUGGAACUCUGUGCCUAUCAAUAUCAGGCAGGUGUCUUCAUUGCACUGUUUUUUGUGGGGGUUUUUAUGCCUGCUAAAAACCUCCUUGUUUAAGGAAGCCUACCCAGACAUGUAAUUUAAUUAUGUUUAUUGUUCUUAAGAUUCUGUUGAUUUUUAUCAGCAUUUUAAAGCCUGAUUAUUAUUAUUAUUAUCAGUAUUUAAUUAUAAAUAUUUUAUACUAAUUAAUGUACACUGCUUAGCUAAUUAAAAAAAGUGUUUCUAAACUGAGUUUUUAAAAUGCUAUGUUUAUGAAGUUGUAAUUCAGUAGAUAGGAAUAGGUGCAACGCUGAACAGAAUGAUAUGUGCUAAUGAAACAAUGGGAGUAUCCAGUAAAGUUUGACUCCUUGUCAGGCUAAAGUUUCAUAAUCUUCCUUUACAAGGGCACAUGGGGCUUGUUUGUCAUGGUAUACAGAUGUAGUGACAAGUGUAAGUGCUGUGCCCCAUCCUAAUAUUUGUCAGUGGACCACCUUGAGCCGUGAUUUAUUAAAUAGAUGUGUCUUAAACUGAUGCUUCAUGCUGAUUAGGGCAAAUUUUCAGAUAGACGGAAAAGGUUCUGCCAUACUGAAUAAUUUAUUCCUAUGGGGAACAAUUUUGACAUUUGGCGUAAGGAGGAACAUGAUAAAGGUGUGUACAGUUAUGCAUUAAGUGAAGCAGGUGGAUAGAAAUAAGUCCCCCCCCCUCUUCCUUUCAUAGUAUUAGAACCCAGGAUCAUGUAGUGAAGCUGAGUGUUGGAAGUUACAGGACAAAAAAAGGAAGUAUUUCACACAGUCCAUAGUUAAGACAUAGAAUUCACUAUCAUAAGAUGGAUUGUAGGCUGCCAACUUGGACAGCAUUAAAUUGGGGUUAGACAAAUUCAUAGAAUCAUAGAGUUGGGAGAGGGACCCCAAGGGUCAUCUAGUCCAACAUCAUGCUAUGGAAUGGAGGAAAACUGCCAUCAAUGGUUACAAGGAAUGAUUGCUUCUGUAUCUAAGCUGGUAUGCCUCUGAGGCCAGUUGUUGUAGAGGAUGAGUGAGGAGAGUGCUGCUAAGUUCAUGUCCUGCUUUCAGGUUUGCUGGGGGCAUUUGGCUGGGCACUCUGAGAACAGGGCGCUAGACUAGGUGGGUCUUUGAUCUGAUUCAGCAGAUUCUUCUUACGUCCUAAAAAAAGCUGAAGCUAACUUUUGUUUCUGCUUGCAGGUCAAAAUGCAAAGACUGAGAAACCCUUUGGAAGAUGAAUUUCUGUAGCAUUUCAUUAACAUUAUAGUAUUGAGAAUGGAUAAGUGUAAACAUGUAGGAAGACUUCGGCUUGCCCAAGACCAUUCCAUUGUAAAUCCUCACAAGUGGCAUUGCAUGGUAUGCAAUACUACAGAAUCUGUAUGGGCCUGCCUCAGCUGCUCACAUGUUGCUUGUGGAAGAUACAUUGAAGAACAUGCACUAAAGCACUUUCAGGAAAGCAGUCAUCCAGUGGCAUUAGAAGUGAAUGAGCUGUAUGUUUUCUGCUACCUUUGUGAUGACUAUGUUCUUAAUGAUAAUGCAACUGGUGAUUUAAAGCUGUUGCGAAGUACAUUAAAUGCAAUCAAGAGUCAGAAUUAUGACUGUACUACUCGCAGUGGCAGGAUUUUGCGAUCGAUGGGCACAAGUGAUUACCUUUCCCAUAAUAGUGCUCAAGCCUUGCUUCGUAAUCAAGACCGUAUGUUCACAGCUCUAUGGCACAGGAGGCAUGCAUUAAUGGGCAAAGUUUUUAGAUCUUGGUUUGAACUGACACCAAGUGGGAAAAGGGUUUUAGAAGAAGAGAAGCUAAGGGAAGAAGCAGAAGAAAGAAGGAUCAAUGCUAAGAAGAAAAGAGAAGAGAGAAAGCGCCAGUUGAAAGAAGAAAUGGAAAAAAUGCCUCCAAGAAAGAGCUUUCGCUUGCAAAAUCAAAAUAAGGAAUCCUCAAAAAUAUCACUCUAUGCACUAAAAAUGUCACAGAAUUUGGACUCUGCUGUAGAACUGAAAGUAACAGCUACCUCAGAUGAUGUAAAAUUAAAAAAAAUUAAUGACUCUCCAGUUAAACGAAGGCCUACUGUGACUCCUGGUGUAACAGGAUUACGCAACUUGGGAAAUACAUGUUAUAUGAACUCUGUUCUCCAGGUAUUGAGUCAUUUGCUCAUAUUUCGGGAAUGUUUUUUAAAGCUUGAUUUGAACCAAACUCAAGAGUUGUUAGCAGCUGCAGCCAAUGGCAAAACAAGAUCAUCUUCUAAGCAUUCUCCAUCUGCCGGCUCUAUAUUUCAUGUGAACAAAAGUCAAUUUAAGGACAAGGAGUCUUCUGCAAGACGAUCUAGUGUUUCAUCAGGCUUAAGUGGUGGAGCGUCAAAUAGCAGAAAUAUGGAACUUAUUCAGCCUAAGGAGCCAAGCUCAAAGUACAUUUCUCUUUGUCAUGAGCUGCAUACAUUGUUUCAAGUCAUGUGGUCUGGCAAGUGGGCUUUGGUAUCUCCAUUUGCCAUGCUCCAUUCUGUGUGGAGACUAAUCCCAGCUUUUCGUGGUUAUGCCCAGCAAGAUGCUCAGGAAUUUCUCUGUGAACUUUUGGAUAAAGUACAGCAAGAAUUGGAGACAGCUCGUACAAAAUGCCCAGCCCUCAUCCCCACUUCUCAAAGGAAACUCAUUAAACAGGUUUUGAAUGUGGUCAAUACAAUUUUUCAUGGACAGCUCUUAAGCCAGGUAUGUUGUGUUGCAUUCACAAAGCUCUGCAGUGAUUUAAAAUAUUAAUGUAAAUUAAUGGGUCAAAAUGAAGACUCGUUUUACUGUUAUCACUGGAGGGGGGUGUAGUCACUUUUAAUAAAUAUUUUAAAUAAAUAUAUUGCCUUCAUGAAUUAUGUAAAUUAAGUGUCAGAAAAUAACUUUUUAAAGAACGCACAAUAUAGAAUACUGUCAGAUACAGAAAGGUACUGAUUGUCGGUAGUUACAGCUAUUCAUUUAUUUCAAGCUUGCAAGAAGACAUUAAGUUGGAGGCUAAAGGUAUGGCUGUUGGAAGGGAGUAUCUCCAUUACUCUUCCGGAGAGCAUACUGAUCAUUCAUGGCAUGACCAUAUCAGAGUGCUACUAAACCAACAUCUAAACCAGCUUUCCUUUCUACAGUAUUUUAAUUAUUUUCUUUAAGCACUGAUAAAAUUAAACAGCAUAAUCUACUACUCCAGGAGAAAAAAAUAGAGUAAUUAUUAGCCUCUUAUAAAUCAGACACUUUUUAUGUGUAGUAAAAACAUGCAACUUGCUGCAGGUUGUUGUGAUUUGAGACCCAUACUAAGAUAAUUGAGAUCUGGAACAUGGGGCUUUCCGGUCAAAGCUGACUUAAAUUUCCAUCACUGAAUUGGGAUGUUUGUAUAAUGCAUGCCAGUAGAAUAAGUGUCUGCAGCUGUUAUAACUUUUCUACUUCAUACGCAGUAAAAAUCUAAUGAUUUAAAUUCACAUGUAUUUGAUACUUUGCUGUAUAUGAAAAUGUACUCAUCUAGAAGAGUUAAUCUAAUCAGCCUUCUGUCAGCUUGAUUUUUAUCUUUAAGGAAGUGAGAGUAAUAGCAUUUCAAGCAAUUUUCUGCACAAUUCACUGAUCUCAGAGCAUCACCACUGAUUUUACUGGGACUGCUCUGGUCUGUUAAUUGCAACUAUAAUAACUUAUCAGAAUGCCCUCUGUAAUUUUGAUGUGCGGAUUCCUAAAUGGUAUUAAAAAUACUACCGGGAGCUUGUAAGUACUUACUGUAUUUUGUGGUAAUUCAUGUACAGAAGCCUGUACACAGGAGAACCUUGCUUGAGUCACUAACAUUCCCAUCAUCCCUGACCACUGGUCCUGUUAGCUAGGGAUCUGGAGGGCUGAGUUUGGGGAUGCCUGCCCUAUGGAGUUGAACUGCUUGGGUUUGGAAACUUCACCUGGGCCCACAGUUUCACAGUCAGCAUAAUAAUGCAAUUGCACUAUUGUUCUAUCCCUAGAUUUCAGCAGUUUGAUUAAUCAUUGAGGGGUAUUUUACUUCUUGUUCCGCUCCUCUCAUUUGCUUUACCUUGCAUUUGCUAGUUUUCAGCUACUUUAGACUUGUUUCCUAGAAACCUUUGCACCAUACCCAUGAAUGCCCACUUAAUUUUCCCUUUCAAGAUACAUUGUUUCAUUACCUGUAUAUAAAAAAUUGUAUCUUUUGCCCCCCCACUGGAAAUACUAAAAUGACUACAAUAUAAAUAUUAAGACUCUCUACUAAUGAAACACAUUAAACUGGUAAUAUAUAAAAUAUUUAUUGAUAGAAUAAUAACAGCAUUAAUUACAGUGGAAAAUAACAAAGAGCAUCACAUAUCUGGCUUUUUUACAGUGCUUUUCAGAAUUGGGGCCCUAGUUGAAAAGCAUUUUUCAAUUAACUAUGGAGAAAGAAAAAUCACUAUGAACAGCUCUCAGGAUGGGUCAUGUAAACUGAAAUGAAGGGUCAAAUGGAAGGACAUCAACUGUCACUGAGCUGUAAUUUUACAUUUUUUUAAAAAAUGUAAUCAAUUUAAAGAUGAUGAUGAGGCUUUCAAGAGCAACAAAGCAGCUAAGGCCACAGUCCUAAUCCCCUGAACCCCAGCAACAGGGCUUCAUGCAGGCAGCACUGCAUCCAUAGUCUCAGUGUUUGCGCUGGCCAAUGCCACUUCGUUGCGACAGUUCCCACCAUGGAUUGGGCCCGUUGCCGUUGCUUGACUGCAGCAGAUCUCAUGUUGGUCCAGUCCAUCCCCAAAAUGCCCUUCUUCAUCAGUCGAACUAACCAGAGCUGGGCAGGGGGACCCCUCCCACUCUGUCCAGACCCCCUCCAGUGUGAAGGAUUGGGGUUUUGGAUUGCUCCACCCCUCCUCUUCACAUCUGCAAUAUGUAUGCACAUUCACUUGCAAAAGAAGGGAGGGCUAGAGAGUCAAAUUAAGUGGGGUUUUUUGUCUUGACAGGUAACGUGUCUUGCGUGUGAUAAUAAGUCUAAUACUAUAGAACCCUUCUGGGAUCUGUCACUGGAAUUUCCUGAACGAUACCACUGCAAUGGAAAGGAGACAACCUGUCAGCAUCCAUGCUUGUUGACGGAAAUGUUGGCCAAGUUUACAGAAACUGAAGCAUUGGAAGGAAAGAUAUAUGCCUGUGAUCAGUGCAACAGUGAGUAAAGGCAGCAUGUACUUGGGCACCUGACUUUCAUGUAACAUGUGGCCUAGCUUUGGUUAAGAGCAUAGAUACUGCCAGUACAUUUUUAACCACCACAAUCAGAAAAAUUACCUCUUAUUUGUGCAUCUGUUAAAUGUGCAAAACAAGGUGUGAACAGUCCCUUGAGCUCACAGUAUAAGGUCAUAUGAUAUAUAAAGGUAAUCUCAAGGAACAAAACUAUCAAUCUACAUUUGUACCUUUUUUUUUAGUAUUUAUAUCAUCUGCUCAUCUCAGGAUUGCAUCAGUACAUUAUCCAUACUUCACUGGAGCUCAUCGCGUUUUACACCAACAUAUACACCUGUAAUAAGGGUUUUCUGGAAUUUUUUGAACUAAAUUGCAUUGAAAUGUAUUAUUUAGAAAAUUUUCAUUUCAUAAAAUUUUCUGAUGCCCUAAUUUGGUUUAUUUUAUUUGCUUAUAGUAAACAAGUCUAGAAAUUCUGAAAAUGCCAUGCUUUCCUAAUUAUUUGCAAUUGGUAUCAAUCAAUUCACAAACUUAAGUUUUUUUCUGCAGAAAAUCUUCAACCCCCACAUAACUGAUAUAAAGUUGUAUAUUGAAUGUUCUUUAAGUUCAAGUAAUGUUUCCACAAUAUAUCUCCAAAAUGGAUUCCUGCUAAGCUGACUGUACACACAGAAAUUCUUCUAAACCAAUGCUUAGUUGAGAAGCUCUAGUCUAGACUGAGGCAACCUAUGUUUGGCAUGUAUUAUCCAAAGUGCAUUGAUUUAUUUUUUCUACAACUUGCAUCUAUUGUGAAUAUGAGUGGAGGAUUUUCUUUUUCUUGUCAUAGCAAAACGAAGGAAGUUUUCUUCUAAGCCCAUUAUACUCACAGAAGCACAGAAGCAACUUAUGGUAUGCCGACUACCUCAAGUUCUGCGGUUACACCUUAAGCGGUUCAGGUACUGUAGUGAACUACCUUUGCUAUCAUAUUAAGGAAAAUGGGCUGGCAACCUUCUCUCAAUGUUUUUUUUUUAAAAAAAUAGAUCUGUAUAUUUAGUCAGAUUAUAAAGAAUGCUUCUUGAGAUUACAAUAAAAAUGUGCGCUCCACCCAGAACCCAAGGGAUAUUAUGCCUGUUAUCGAUACUGGUUUGCAUUAAAGGAAUUUGAUGACGCUUCUGACAAUGAUUUGAACUGGUGUGAAUAUUGAGGUGUUCCUGAACAUUUCAGGUGCUCAAGGAAUGAAGUUGUCAGUAUCCAAAUGUUAGCAGCCUGUCUUCUGUGAGGCAAAGUUGUUUGACUUAAAUUAAGACCUUGUAUAUGCCUCAGGGACAAGAAACACCACUGUGAAGCAAAUUUUAAGUGGGAAGAGACCCUAGGAAGCAUAGAGUCUAUAGGAAAGACAGAUGCUUUGUAAAUUACAAAGCAGGGAAUAAUUCCCUCAGAUUUUCUUGUUACUUCUAGGGAAUGAUUGGGGAAGGCACAGCUGGAGAAAUUCUCCCUUCUAUGAAACUUUUAAAUGGCCCUCUCAUAGUCUGUGACUGGAAAUCCCUAAGGAACCAGUGGCAUUAGAGAAAAAUAUUUUACAGUGGUACCUCUGGAUGCGAACAGGAUCUGUUCCGGAGCCCCGUUCGCAUCCUGAAGUGAACGCAACCCGUGUCUGCCGCCUGUGCGUGUCGUGAUUCGCCGCUUCCGUGCAUGACAUCAUUUUGAGCGUCUGCGCAUGCGUGAGUGGUGAAACCCAGAAGUAAUGCAUUCCGUUACUUCUGGGUCGCCGUGCAGCAUAACCUGAAAACGCUCAACCUGAAGCAUAUUUAACCCGAGGUAUGACUGUAUUUAUCAAUUGGGUUUGAACAAACCAGUCACAUUUGUCACAGGGAGUGGUUGUGGUUGUGAGGGAACCAACUGCUGCACUGGACAUUAAGAAAGCAAUUUUUCAGAUACAAAGGAGUGUCUUGCAAAUGAGGACUUGAUCUAGUGGGAAUAAGUUACAGGAUUAAAAGAAACCUCCAACAGAAAGUGUUCUACAAUGAAACUAAUAAUCUGUAAGAGUGUUGGACUCUCUCUCACUUGCGGUUCUCAAGUAGCGACCGGAAAGACUAUUAUUGUGGAUUCUCCUAACUGUGAAUUUCCUGCACUUUGCAGACGGCAGGACUUAGCCUACAAGGUGCCCUAGAAUUAUGAUUCUGUAACUGCUUCCACACUGUAAGAGAUACACAAACUCACAGGCUUUAGCCCACAAAUAGAGAUUUUUAAACUUCCAGUUAUGUUGAAGGUACCCUACAGAACAAGAAAUAGAAAAUAACCUUUUUAUACUUUUCAUCACCCAAGAUGGUCAGGACGUAAUCAUCGUGAGAAGAUUGGUGUGCACGUCAGCUUUGAUCAGACGCUCAACAUGGAGCCCUAUUGCUGCAGAGAAUCUCUCAAGUCCCUUGUUCCAGAUUGCUUUACCUAUGACCUGUCUGCUGUUGUGAUGCAUCAUGGGAAAGGUUUUGGCUCAGGACACUACACUGCCUAUUGCUAUAACUCAGAAGGAGGUACAAACAAAUUUGAAUUUGAAAUCCAAUUUAAGCUUGCCUUUUAGAUACAGUGGCUUGCACUGCCACAACAGAAGGGUUAUAUUCGACAUAUUGUUAAAGAGAAGGUUCCAUCAGGGCAAGGAUUUCUUUGUGCAACUGUAAUGCCCCCACCCCACCGUAUUCCCUUUAAAUCUUUUCUGGGGUUUCUCCCAAUCCCAUAAAGUAGUUUUUUGGGUGGUGCAUGGGGCAGGGAGUCCCAUUGUGCUAGUGCUAAUCAUUUUGCCAGCAUGAAUAUUUCAUUGAAUAUUUCAUUCCCUAAACUCAAUACAUUUAAGCAGGGGAAUCUUAUAAAAUUGUAAUGAAUGCUGCACAAAGAGGCCAUCCUGUCAUUUGGACAUUUCUGCAUAUAUCCUUUUGGUUGGGGGAGUACAGCUAUUUCUGUGUAAAAUGUAGUAUUCUUAUAUUGCAAUACAUAAAAUCCUUUGAUCUGUUACAAGAACCAGUGCUGCAAUACUUUUAUUGCUCUUGUCUUCUAGGAUUCUGGGUUCAUUGCAAUGAUUCCAAGCUCAACAUGUGCACUAUGGAAGAAGUAUGCAAGGCCCAGGCCUACAUCUUGUUUUAUACUCAACGAAUUACUCAGGCAAAUGGACACUGUAAAGUUUCAGCUCUUGACUCACCAUCUGGAAAACAGCCAAAUACUGAGGUUAAUUGUUCCAGUGCAGAUAGUAACAGCUAAUCCAAAGCCAAUUUAAUAUGUACAGUACAAGUCUGAGAGUUGUCACUUGUACAUGUGUUGAGAUGAGUAAGUGCAGUAUUGUACAAUGUAUCUUCAUACCCUUUUGUACUAGCUGAAAACUUGUUUUGGGGAAUUUUUUUUUAGUAUAAAUACUUUUUAUUGAUGGUAGUUAACUUCCAAAAUUAUUAGGAUAUCUGUAUAGCUAUUUUUUUAAAAGAAAUUUGCCAUUUGAAUUGUUAAAUCUUACCUCAAGCUGUUUCUCAGCAUUUUUAUAUUUUGAUAUUUUGGUGUAGAAAAAUAGAUAAGGAAUUUUGGUGAGCAACUUGUGUAAUUUUGGAUUUUUUUUUAUAAAAAAUGUGCAUUUUAUACCAUGUUUCCUGAAGUACCAGUCAUUGCAGGCAUAUGUCUUGCUUCCACAGAAUUUUUUUAAAAAAGAUGGUAUAAAAUGUAGAACUUUGCUUUCCACUCUGAACUGAAAAGUCCUGCAGAGAGCAAAAUACAACUCUGCUUCCUACCUCCAUUUGGUAAACCAUAUUAUCUACUCAGUCACUAGGUCCUGGGGAGAAGCAACAAGAUAUUUAUUCGGUGUGUGCAACUGCUCAGUGCUAGGGGAAGAAUAACUAGCAAAUUAUUACUCCUCUCAACUGUAUCAAUAAAACACCCCAAAUCUGAUAGUGCCCUCAC